CCGGCGACGAGCCCACAACGCACCGAGUGACCAACAAACAAGAUGCCUUCCCCGCACUGGCUGCUGCUCUCGAUGCUGGCCCUCGUUGGAGCCCAGGAAUACCAUUACCACCGACCGCAGACGCCUUUCGGCCCUGGAACCCCCUUGCCACAAACCCAGCAGUCCACCAAGUUUACGGUCCAAACUCUGGGCCGCACCUAUGGCCUGGAGGCCCAGCGGGCCCCGACCGUCUACGAAGACCACCAGACCCAGUAUGUCCAGGUGCUGCAGCAGCAUCAGGUGCCGCAGCCUCAGGCUCUGUACCAGGCUCCUCCCCAGCAGCAGGCAUAUCCCUACCCGGCUGCCGUUCCACAGCCGCAGCAGCUGCACACCACCACCUACCAGAAUCCCCUGCUGGUCAGCGCUAACUACCAGGCACCCACUUACUCCCAGGCUCCUCCAGCUCCGUCUGCUCCGGCCCAGCCCCUGACCUACUACCAGCCUCAGCAGACACAGACUCCCACCUACUACAGUCCGCCACCGGUGGCUGCCCAGCCUCCGGCUCAGUACGGGCCGCCUCCUUCGCCGCCCCAGAAACUGUUCUUCGGCAAUCCCUAUCCUUAUGCUCCGGUGACCACCGGCACUGGCCAGCAAGUGCUCGAUGCCGGACACGGUUCUGGAGUGGCACCCAAUCCAGUGCAGGUGCAGCUGAUCGCAGCCACUGGCUCAGCUCCGCCAGCCCCGCGAGUGGGCGACCAGGUGGGCCAGGCGCAGAGCGCCCAAAUCGAUGGUUAUGACUACAAGCAGACCUCUCCGGGCGAUACUAGGGACUACCAGCGCUUCGUGACCAACUGCCCUGGCGGCGGAAACUGUGAGCGAAGGGAGCUGAGUCCCGGCCAGGUGGACGAGGGCCACAAUCAGGUGGUGCAGCUGGCCAGGGCCAGCACCCAGCCGCGAGUGGAGGGUUGCUUCAAGUCGCAGGUGGUUUAUGUGCCCGCAGGAGCCGCUGUCAAUGCUCAAAACCAGCUGCGGCCCAAGAACCGCCGCCUCACCGAGCGCCAGGAGCAGAUCAUCACCAGGUAUCCCCACAACUAAGUCCCAACCCUCUAUCUUAACACUCACCGAAUUUCACAUCGAAUUUAUUAGUCUUUACCCUUAGUUGCCAAUACUCGUUGAUUGUUGUAAAUAAAUCGAUCGAAGUUUACA